UCUGUGCAGAGACCGAUGAUAUACACGCGGGUAAGCUCUCUCAGUACCAGGAGCCUCCUGGUUCUGCUGAGGGACCAGAGGCAAAGCACUGCUCUGUUAAAGGACAGCCCCUCCCUCGGCGUGAAGGCCGUAGGGCCCGGGGGGAGCUGCGAGGAGCGGGGCCCGCCCCCGGCGGCCUUUGGGCGGGGCGGGAGGCGCGGCCCCCUCCCUCUGGGCGGUGCGGCGCUUGCGCCGGUGGCCGCUCACGUGAUGGAGGUGCCGCCUGACGGGCGGCGGGGCGGCGGCAUGGCGGCCGCGGCGGGCUGCUCCGGCGGGGACAGCGGGAACGUCUCGCAGAGCCACAGCAACGCCUCUGGGCUGGGCGGGCAGGAGGACGAGGAGGGGGACGCGCUGGAGGCGUCGCUCAGCGCUACCGCCGCCGCCUAUAGCGCCUACCUGCUGGUGGAGCGCAGCGCCUUCAGCGAGCAGGUAGAAAACUUAGAGAAGAGCCUGGAAGAGCUGCUGACGAGAGUGGAUGAGUUUGUGGGGAUGCUGGACAUGAUUCGAAGUGAUUCGUCCCAAGUCGUCAAUGAAAGUAUACCUGAAAUUUACACCAAAGCUACGGAAAUGAGGCAGAUAUACAGGAGGAUUGACAAGCUGGAGGCUUUUGUGAAGAUGAUUGCAAACCAUGUGGCUGGAAUGGAAGAACGGGUUAUAAAGGCAGAAACGGACCUUGGAGCUUUUCCAAGCACAUUCAAGAAAAUCUUGCACACGAUCAGCAUACCGUCCUUCCGUAACAAAUCGUCUUCCUCGCGACAGCAGGCUGCCUAUGAGCCUCCGGUCCUCUUCAAGACUGAAGACUAUUUUCCAUGCCCUAAUGAAGCACCUUACUGACAAUUUUGGUUUUGGAGUUGGUAUGAAUCAGCCAGAAUAGAGAAAGCCAAGUGAACAAAAGAAAUGAUAGCCUCAAAAUAGCUGCAUUUCUGAGUAUUAUUAAUGGCAUAUUGCCAUUCUGAUUCUCAUUGUCUUCCUACAGGCAGCAUUUUCAGGUAAUCUCUUUUUGUGUAUAUUAUUUGAAAAGUCUUCCGAAAACACAGUGUGUAUUUUCAGAUUUCAAUGGAGAAAGAACUUAAAAAUACUUCUGCGUUAGGGUUUUUGGCUUUUUGGUUUUUUUGUUUGUUUUUUAAACAGAAAUAAUAGGAAACAUACUUUUAUACUACAUCUCUUUUAACACUUAAAUCAGGGCUGCUGCAAAUGUAAAUAACUGUACCACAAGGCUGUUAUUUUUUGUUUGGUUGGGUUUUUUUUAUACAAUUUGACUGGGGUGAAGGAAAAGCUCUAUGCAUAAAAUCAUGGUAAGUUUUGGAGCUUGGUCCCUGCAGUUGGUGUGGAGAUAUGCACCGCGUCAGGAUAUGCAGGUGGCAAGGGGAGGACUGGGAAGAUCGCAAGGAGUCAAGGACAUGGCUUGGCUUCGUUGAUGUAGUCCAAGUUCAUGAUGUGAACAUCCUUCCCCUCCUGAUGAUCAUCAGGUCGCUGUGACCAGAGCUUCUGAUUAUUGCAAUGUGUUAUCAUGUGAUGUGUAACCAGGUGGGCAUGAUAUAUAUAGAAAGAAAAGGGAUGUAAAUUGAGGCAGGGCCAUCUUUGGACUGAGCCUGUAUUGGACGCCUGACCUGAGUAGAUGCUAUUCCCUCUCACACCUCUGCAGUGACUGGGACUGUGUGCUGCCUGGAAUGUGAGGAAAUUGUCAAUAAACGAGUGGCUUAUAUAACCUGA